CCAUCUCAAAAACACCAAACUGUACCUUUUAAACACUUCCAGAAAACCCAGAAUCCUCAUGCCUGAGAGACCGUAAAGGCGCCUCCUCCAUUCUCCGGCGGAAUUUUUCAUCGGGAAAUUCUUGCCGCACUGGUUUUCCCGGCCGCUUGUCGCGGUACUUUCACCCAAUCCUCUAAAGUCCAGCAAUGGCAAAGAGCAACAGAGACGAAACCGAACCUUCAACUUGCGACGAAGAGCUCAUGACCACCCCACUAUACACUUCGCUCUACUAUGUCCAGAGCCCCUCGGCUUCAAACCCUCCUGAUUCAGGCUUGCCUUCUCCUUACAGACCUGAAAUUCCAUCCAAUUCAUGUGCAUCGAGGGCCACUCUUUCUCGUUACUCUUCAUCUCGCGGGUCUAACAACUCGUUCGUGCACGAGAAGAGAGCGAGUUACGGGUUUCGAAAGAUGGAGGAAGAAGCCCAAGAAGGGGAAGGGGAAGGGGAAGAGGAGGAAGAAGAUAGAGGCUGGCUAUGGUGGAUUUUAGGGUUUCGAAAGCGGAGGGCAUCGACGCCUAGUUUUUGCAUUUUUUUGCAGGUUUUUUGGAGGAUUUUGUUGAGCUUUGGAGUUGCAGUAAUGGUGUUUUGUUUGGCUACUAGACCACCUACACCGAAGCUUCACGUGAAGCAAGUGGUGGUAACGGAGUUUCGUAUGAGUGAAGGGGUGGAUAAUUCAGGGGUACCCACCAAGAUUUUAAGCUACAAUUGCUCCCUUGAUCUAGAGAUGGAAAAUAACUCCAAGUUCUUUGGAAUUCAUCUUCGACCGUCGAUUAUCCAUGUUACCUUCGAAAAUUUAGACCUCGCUCACACAAGCGUAAGUUUUCUUAAAACCUCUAAUCGUGCAUGCAUACAUAUACACAUCAAAUAAACACAAUAAUGCGCAAACAUCCAGAAAUUGGGCUUGGAUUUGAGUGGUAAGCAACUUCUGAUAGUUCAAAAAAAGUUAUAUCUUAAAUUCAGUUCCUACCACUGAACUACCCAAAAAAAUAAAAAAUAAAAUACACCAACAUAUGUACUGACUUCUCGAAUGAUCAAGUGUGUAAGUUUAUUCAAAUUUAUUCAUUGAAAAUGUGAAUACCUUAUUUGCAAGCAAUCAAUUUUGGGUUGAGGCAUUUUUGGACAUUGUUAUGCAAUGAUACUGUUAUGCAAUGAUAGUAUCAUUGCAUAUGAAAUGAGAGUACAUUGCAUAAAGCAAAAAUUGAGAUACAUUCAAAAAAAGAGGAUUGAGAUUCAACCUAGUUUUGGAGUUGAGAGUGGUGUUAUUUUGACUGGACCAAGCUGACCGGUCCGACUGGUUGGAUUGCUGAUUAUUCCCUUGAUUGGUUUAGUCGAAGCAAAAAUUGGAUUUGAUCGGGAAUCAGUAAAAAUCAAUAUUUGGACAUGUUAGUUUUAUUGAUUGGGUUAACAUUAUGCAAUCUCUUUUUUGUAAUAUAUUUCAUAUUUUUCUUACUUAGUGUUAGCCAAUCAAACUCAAAUUGGUGCGGGUCUAAUUCUAAUUGAAAUAUUCCCCUCAUCAGGUUAGUUCCAAUAACACUACUUAACAUAAUUAAGUGCUUGAUUAGGUUCAUACGCACAUAAGAGCACAAGCAACAAUCCAAGACAUACUAAUAUUUUGUUUCUUCUUUUGGGUUCUAAAAUAGUUUUGGACUUCAUAUUUACCCGCCAUAGUUAUCAAGACUAUACCAAGUUGGUGGUUCGACCCGUUAGACCUCCCACCAGUUCUUUAGCCGAUAUAGUCCAAGAUAAAAAUUAGAUUCGGUCGAAAACCACUCAAAAUUAAUAUUUGUCUGGUUUUGACUGCACUGUCAGUUUUUACUAUUUUGACCGUCAAAUAAAAUUUGUCAAAGUUUUCAAAUAUAUUUUAUGUUUUAAAAUUAUGAUAUCUAUUUUUUUCUUAUUUUUUAAAAUCCAAUCCAAUCAAAUCAAUUCAAUUAAUGAUUAGAUCAAUUUUGACAAAACCAAACCUCCACCAGUUGAAUAACAAGUCCGAUCUUGAUAAAAAUGGUAUCAACUGACCAGACUAGCAUAACCAGCUUGGGACAGGUCGUGACGGAGUUUUUUAUUUUAUUUUUAAGCAUGCAUGUGGAACCCUAAACCUUUGGCUGGAGGAUUGGGAUCUCCAACUCAUUAUGUAUUAGGUUGGCAAUGGGAUAUUCUCGUCUUUUCAAAGAAAGUUGCUUUUUACGCGUGCUGCAAGAACCCGGCAAAGAAGAAGUUUAUUUUGGAUAAUACAUAGAUGAAAGGCCUUUUAAAGCUUUAAUAUGGAAAGGAAAAAAUCAUAAAGGGAUUUUACUUUUUAUGCAUAUCCUAGACCAAUUAGCGGCUAAAAUUCCCGAUGUUUCAAUGAAUAAAGAAAUUUAAAAGCUUAAAAUUGGCCACCCUCUCUUCAAUUUGUCUCCCAAGUUUAUAAAGGGGGCCUUACCUUUCACAAAAGUGACUUGCACCUAUACACACACUCUAUACUCUCUUAAAAAACAAACAAUUUCUCUCUCUCUCUCUCUCUAUAAAAAGCUAGUAGAAUACAAUAAAGAUGAUCUAAUGUUUGGAAAGUGAAAUUAUCCUUUAUACACACUUUUUGCACUUGAAAGGGCCAUAUCCUUCUUUCUUUUCUUUUCCUUUCAUUUUUUUGCUUUUUUUUUUUUUGGAACAAUAUCAGUUAAUUUUAUCGAUCGUGGGAUGAAACAACAUGGGAUUACAAAGUGGGAAUUAAGGUAUCAAAUAUAGACAAGGCAAAGAAAUGUCAAGUUUAGCUAGGCAAUAAGCUGCCCCAUUUUUCUCUCGAUAGACAUGAGAGAAGACGAAAGGGCCAUGUCUGAUAAGAGUAACAUGAGCAUGUGUAUAUAUUACGUAUGUAUCUAUUUACAUACUAAUGCUUGCAUGAAUAUGUCUAUUGAUACAUACAUGAUGCU